GACGUCUUGUUGACAAUCAUAGACUCAUUUGAUCGCAUGUUUUGUCCACAUUUUCCUCGUUUACUCUUUUACUCACAUUUAUCCACAAAUUUGUGUCCAAAUAAUCACCACUUAAUAGACAAUACUCGGGAUCUGAAGUCAAAUGUCAUUGUUUUCAAUAUUUGUGAACCGAAGACAUAGAAACCAACUGAAAAUCCGACGAAAUAUCCAUCACUUGCGGGAAAUAGCGGUUCAAUCAGUGAUGGAAGGCGUGUCCAUCACAUCCCUGAGCGGACCAAUUCAGGUGACACUCAUAAGCGGUGUGUUUGUCUUGUUUUGGUUCGUGUAUUCGUUGGUCAAACACAUCCGCCAGCGAUCGCCGAUGACUCCCCUCUGGAGUGAUGGCAGUCAUGCGUGCCAUCGAUGGAAACUGAUAGCCAUUAUCACUCAUGAGGCCUAUUGUAAUGUCUGUGAAUCACUGAUAGUGAACGGCAUGUUCUGCGAGUGUUGUGGUACUUGUGCUGACUUCGGCUGCCAUAAGAAGGCAGACAAUCAACUCGUCUGCAAAACGCUCUCCAUUUCAAAGACUGAGUCUCGACUCCAGAAGAAGCAAUUGUCUCACCUCUGGAUUCGCGGAAAUCUGGCGACACAUUCGGUGUGUGAUGUGUGUAAUGAAGAGUGCGAUGAGGAGUCAGCUCUGGUCGACUGGAAGUGCUGUUGGUGUCAGCGAUGUGUUCACCAGAACUGUAUGACUCCAGAAGCGAAGACCGAAGACUGCGAUUUCGGCAAAUGGAGGACUUGUAUUGUUCCGCCAUUUUGUAUCACCCAUAAGAAGGUUUGGUCGAAAGGGAGGCGAAAGUUUGUGGUCGACAGCGUCGGUAACUUCGAGGACGAGCCCAAUUGGAAGCCUUUGAUUGUGAUCACAAACCGAAAGAGUGGUAACAACGAAGGCGACCAAAUUCUAACGAUCUUCAGGACGAUUCUCAACCCAUUGCAAGUGAUCGACAUCAGCGAGACUUCCUUAGAGUCGGGUCUGGAAUGGUGUCAACUGUUAUCGAAAUCCUUCAAAGAGAUUAGCGUCAGAAUACUGGUGGCCGCCGGAGACGGAACUGUUGGAUGGGUUUUGGACACCAUUUUGAAACUCAAGUUAAACCCAAUGCCUUUGGUUGGUAUCAUUCCGUUGGGCACCGGCAACGACUUGUCCCGUAUUCUCGGUUGGGGUCAGAGCUUCUCAUUUGAGACCUCAAUAGAUCACGUGAUGAAUAAGAUCCUAACGGCGCGAGCGGUAGAGUUGGACCGUUGGAAUGUCCGCCUCUCGGCCAACAGGAGUCUCGGAAUUCCUUUGCCAUCCAAACAGUAUUUAAUGAAUAACUACUUCGGAGUGGGUGUCGACGCGUUGGUGGCCCUUAAGUUUCAUGAGACGCGAAAGUCACGCAUUUAUAACUAUCUCUUCACGAACAGAAUAUUCAAUAAGUUCUUGUACUUGAGUUACGGAACUAAGGAUUUGUUGGAAAGAAAGUGUAAGAAUUUGAACGAAAAGAUCAUUUUGGAAAUGGAUGGCCAACAGGUGGAAUUACCCGAAUUAGAGUCCAUUAUUGUGCUCAAUAUCUCGAGUUGGGGCGGAGGGGUCGACAUUUGGGGUUUGGGUGGCGGUGCGCCCAAGCAGUAUAUCAACGAUAAGAAGUUGGAAGUGUUGGCGCACAUGAGUUGGAAGGUGUAG